AUGACUAGCGAUGCUCCCAACCGCCCUUGUUCAGCUCAGUGGCCACACCGGAUGCACAUGUCCCGCCAAUGGACUGGAGGCGCCAAUGGAGGCGUCUACCAUCAGCCUCUCCGGACUCGGGGGUCAUUGCAUCGUCCGGUCAAUGGCGAGAGCCUCGUGCAGCUCAACCUCGUGCCACGAGACAACACUACUUUGAUCACGCUGUCAGCCCUGUGUCUGAAACGCCUCAGGCUCUACACCCCUACAAUAUCUUUGGAUCCAUCAGUCUGGCAGCUUUGGGAAUCCAUUGACCUCGCAGAUCCCACCUUCGAUCAGCCGAGCGAGGUUGAACUUUUCCUUGGUGCUGACGUCUAUCAUCGUCUGCUCAAACCCGAGUCCAUGCAGCAUGGUGAGAUCUUUGGUCAGCGCACAGUCGUGGGCUGGGUUCUCACGGGCCGGGCGCCCGGACGCUCAUCAAGCUCCGUCCUCUCCUGCUCAACCCUACAAGACAAAUCUGCCCCAGCCUGGCAUCAGGAACUUGUCUCCCUACUACAACGCUUUUGGGAGCUCGAGGACCUCCCACAGGCACGCCAUCAGGUGCCCGCUGACAUCGAAUGCGAGCGGACUUUCUCCGACCAUUGGCGCGACGAGGAUGGUCGCUACAUAGUGAGGCUUCCCUCGAAGCAGGACGCCCUUCAUUUCCUCGGCAACAAUCUAGAGAGCGCCCGAGCAUCCUUGAGGUCCCUGCAAGCUCACCUUCAUCAGAACCCAGAUAUGGCCAUCGAGUCAUCUCGAUUCAUGGACGAGUACGUCGCACUGGGCCAUAUGAGGCCAUUGUCCGAUGCUCUGGUCUCCGCGCCGACUCGUCCCGUGUACUACAUUCCACACCAUGGCAUCUGGCAGCGCGGAGAUCGGGAAUCAAAGCUGCGCGUCGUCUUUAGUGCCUCGCACGCGACCUCGAGUGGCUACAGUCUCAACGAUGUCCUGCACACCGGGCCAAGGCUCCAGGCAGCCUUGCCAACAGUCCUGCUACGCUGGCGUUGA